AUGAAAAGGAUUUUCGGCUUUAGCAGCAAAAGUCAUUCUCAGUCUCGCUCUUCUGUCAUCCCACGCAGAGACAGCGGGGUUGAUGGAGCAGUCGCUGUCACAGGAUACCGCCUCCAAGAUAAGGAACUUGGGAAACUCCACAAAGCGGCUUCCAUCGGAGACUUAGCAAAGGUGCAGCGGCUGCUGAGAAAGAACGACCCGAACGAACCGGAUAAAUUGAACCGGACGCCUCUGCACCUGGCCUGUGCCGGUGGAUAUCCAGAUGUUGUGUCUCUCUUAGUAGAGAGAAAUUGCAAACUAAAUGUGUGUGAUGGGGACAAUCGAACUCCUUUAAUUAAGGCUGUACAGUGUCAGCAGGAGGAGUGUGCAACUAUCCUGCUCAGUCAUGGUGCAGACCCCAGUGUUGUGGAUACCAGAAGCAACACUGCCCUUCACUACUCUGCCCUGGGUCACAACACAGCUAUAGCAGCAAAGCUUGUUGAACACAAAGCUGAUAUUGAAGCAAAAAACCAGGAAGGCUAUACACCACUUUUGCUUGCAAUUACAGAACAUAACGAAAAAAUGGUAGAUUUUUUCUUAAAGAAUGGAGCAAAUGUGAAUGCCUGUGACAAUUCUAAAAGAACAGCCCUCAUGAUUGCUGUCAGUACUGAACCAACAAGUAUAGUCAAUCUUAUUCUUCAAUUUGAUAUUGAUCUCUCUUUCCAAGAUAAUUAUGGAUGGACAGCUGAAGAAUAUGCUCUCGUCAGUGGUUUUCCUAUGUAA